AUGUCGGGAAAGCAGGCUCCAAAUUCGGCAAAAGAAGACACUGCGGAGGAAAUCAUCAAGAUGAAACAACUUCACAUGAUGUUCGACAGCAUGGUCUCCAAAACUGGCAUCAAAUACAAGCCAAUUCAUCUGGUCGGAAAGGGAGGCUUUGGCCAAGUUUAUGAAUGUAUGGUCAUCAAAAAUGGAGUCACAAACAAUCGAAUUCCUGAUCUAGUCGCUUUGAAGACCGAGACAGUUCAUGAGAUUGGAAUCGAGGUAAGAAAAGACAACAUCUGUAGCAAUUGGAGAUUGGUCCCUACAUUACCCUGGACUUACCUUAAUUUAUGUUGAUUUGAUGCCUUCAGAUGGCCGUUCUGCGCAAACUCCAAGAUCACAACCAUUUUUGCGAUCUUUAUGAUUAUGGAUACAUCUCUUCGAGUGUGGCGUACAUUGUCAUGACACUAUUGGGGCCCAACCUUUCCAAUAUCAGAAAGCAGAUGCCCACGAAGCAAUUCACUGUUUCUACUGCAAUUCGGGCUGCAUUACAGGUAUUACGUGACUUCAUUGAUCCAUCAAGCUAUCUAUAGAUAACGAGAUUUUAGAUCUAAAAUCUCGUUAUGAAAAAAAUCGUAAACCAAACUUUGUAUUUUAUAUUUCGAGUGGUAGACUUAACUCAUGAGACAAGUCUCCCCAUUACCGUAUCUCCGGAUUUCACAGAGAGUUUACAUGCGUAAUAUUACAUUUUCAGAUGCUAAUGGCAAUUGAAUCACUUCAUGGAGCUGGCUUUAUCUCUAGGGAUGUGAAACCUAGUAAUUUUGCCAUUGGGAGGCCAGGAGGAAACAAAAGAAUGGUGUACAUGAUUGAUUUUGGAAUCGCCUUGGUCUACCGAGAUGAGAGAGGGACAGUUAAGUUGAGAAAGAGCCAAAUCACUUGGCGGGGAACCAAUCGAUAUUGUGCUAUUGGUCACCACAAAAAACAGGCAAGGCAACAUAAAUUUUAUAACUUUCGUUAGUCGAAUGUCGAAGGUUUGAUAAUUUUUAUAGAUUCCUUCACCCAAAGAUGAUCUGGAGAGUUGGUUCUACAGCCUGAUGGAACUGUGCAUGGGAGAGUUGCCCUGGCAACAUUUUGGGAAACAUCAGAAAGCCGAGACUUGCAGGAUGAAGGAAGUUGUCCGGACCUCCAAAAGAGAACGUUUCCUUGGCUCGGCUCCAUUCGAAUUCGAUCAGAUCAUGGGAUUGAUCGAUAAAAUGACUAGAGAUGGAGUUGUCGAGUACCAUAAGGUAAUUUGCUCAACCUUUGCAUAAAAAUUGACAGAUUUACGCAGCCCUGACUCGAUGCCUGAUCAGAGAUGGGAUCGAUUUUAAGGAUCCGUAUGAUUGGGAAUUCAUGCUGCCGGGAUACGAUGCCAACUCGAACAAGGAAACUGGAGGAAGUACAGUACCCGUCGAGAAAUUUCUCAACAAAGUUUGA